GGGAGAAGAUCAGAAGAAGCUCUCAAUUGCUAAGGAAUGCAGCUGAUUCCAGUAUUUCCCCUUAGAUUGAAUGCGUGUUCCCUGCUGUGAAGUUGGAAACAUGUAAUUUUUGUGUGUAAAGAGAUCAGUCUGGGGUGAUUCAUCAAAGAUGCUUUCUAGGAUGAUCAACUCUUUUAUGUGUGUGGAGAAACUCUCUUUAGCGGUCAUUCAGACAAUAUCGAAGCACAUUGCAGGGUUUUCUUAUACCAGUCGUAUACAAUAUUGCAGUAGUGAAGCUAAGGUGAACACAACUAGUGAUCCUCAUGGCAUUGCUGUCAAUUCCUUGAGCUUGCAGCAAACACAUGGUGUUCGAGAAAAUUCAUCACACCAAUGCCCUAAUUUUUUCAAACAGUUACUCAAAUCUCAUCUGACUGGAAAAUUCUGUUUGAAUUUACCAAAGAAAUUCUGUGAUGAGCAUUUACCAAGCAAUGAUGGUACAAUUAUUUUGGUGGAUGAAGAUGAACUAGAAUACAGUAUGAGGUAUUCAGCACGAAGAAAUAGGUUUGGUAGUGGUUGGAAAGGCUUCUGCAUGGCACACAAAUUGCGAGAGAGUGAUGCUUUGGUUUUCCACCUUAUUGAGCCUUGCAAGUUUAAGGUAUACAUUCAGAGAGCAAGCAAAGCAUCAGAGGAUGAUGGUGCUAGUGGUCUUCAAAAUUUUAGUUUCCAAAAUAGUCAGCCAAUUAAUACUGUGAAAAUUGAAGACCAAAUAGAAGGCAAUGUGCAGAUUAAUGCAACAGCGAGAGCAGAAUAUUUGAGCUCUUCUGCUGUGGACAAUCCGCAGGAGAAAAAGAAGGCAAGAUUAGUAAGUGAUAGUAGGCCUGUGAUGGAUCAAUCUCAAUUUGUGGGUGAUAGUGAUAUUUUUGUCCCAGAUGUUCAUGAAGGCAUCAUCAGAUGCUCAGAAUCUGUUGCCUAUUUCAAAGAUGUAAAUGGUUUCGAAGAUUUCACGAUUCAAGUGGAUGGCGUAAUUCUUGACUCAGAGAUACCAUUAGAUCUCAGAAUAAAGUAUUACGAGCUAUGCGUCAGUCAAAAAAUGUACCUUCACGAAAGUCUUAUCAAGGGCAUCAGCAGUAAACUAGCUGCUGUAAUGAUUUCUGAAACUGUCAACAUUGCUGACGCCACGAAAGCCGCCAACCUUGCCACGUCUCUUCACCAUUUGGAAUGUUGGGGGAAGACUUUGAAGGCUUUCGAGGAUCUGGGCAUGCCGGUUGGGUUUAUACUUGAUAGGCUGAAUAAGCUAGUCAGCCUUUCACUUGAAUCCCAAGCAGUUAUUCAGUCAAAGAAAAUGCACAUGACUCAAGUUGAUGAGGAGAUCAGAAAUCUUGAGGCGACGGCUGUGAAUGCUAAAGCAGUGAUUGGACGUCUGGAGGCCGAACUCGAGGCUCUGAAAUUGAAGAUUGUGAAGCUUGGCUUAGAGUUCCAGGGGCUUACUGCUUCUCCAUGGUGACAAUUAUGUGCAGUUUGUCAUGUGUGAUCUUGUUUGAUUUGUCUUAACAUAUAGAUUAUUAAUAUAUAAUUUCUAUAAUUUUUUAAUAUACAAAUUACAAGAUAAAAUGGAUUAAAGAAGUGUAUUGGAUGGUGUGUAAAAAUGAAAGUGGACAAAUACU